AUGAAUACCAGCCUGCUCUCGCCAGCCAGCGAAUACCCCACCACCACCACCCGCCCUCCCACCACCCAUGGCCGCACACUCACCCGGGGCAAGACACUCACCAGGCCCGAGCGCCAUGUCACCCCCGCACCGCUCAUCAGCACGCCCCACGCCCACCCCUUCUCCGCAUCCGCCGGCCAGCCCGCCCCCAGCCGCUGGUUCCACCCCUGGCCGCUCUACGUCGCCCUCGUCAGCCUGCCCGUCCCCGCCCUCCUCCUCCGGGCCAUCGGCAUCCCCGAGCCCACCGCCCAGCAGGCCUGGCGCGAGAAGCUCGCCCUCUGCUCCAUCGCCCUCCUCGCCGCCCUCUUCACCGGCUUCGUCACCGUCGGCAUGAACCGCGCCCUCUGCCCGCUCGUCCAGUCCGACACCCAGGCACUCAUGCUCCCCUACGCCGCACCCCUGCCCAUCCUCGCCAUCCGCGGCUGGGCCUUCAACACCCACCUCCCCCCAGACCCCGCCUGCCAGCUGCUCCCAGACUCCCUCGCACGCGCCAGCCUCUGCUUCGACCCGCUCGCCAAGACCCCCGUCUGUCUGCUCCCCCCGCUCGAGCAGCCCACCCUCGACCGUCUCCAGCUGCUCAACCAGUCCGUGCCCGUCGGAUACACCUGGGAACAGGUCGCCGCCCUCGACGGCUACUUCGUCAUCAACGGCCACGUCCUCAACCUGCUCCCCUACCUCGCCGCCAACCCCAAGCCCAUCGAGCCCGACCCCAUCGACCGCGCCAUCCGCCACAUCCUCCAGCCGAACCUCUCCUCGAUGGGCAAGGACGCCACCCGGCUCUUCUCCUACUCCGCCGACCUCCAGCGCGCCGUGCCCUGUCUGCUCGCCCGCUUCCGCGCCGGCUCGAUCGACAAGAUCACCCCGGGCUGCUUCGUCAUCAGCCCCGCCGUCCUCCCCGAGGGCGCCAACCUCAGCAUCACCAACAAGAACGGCGCCGCGCCCUGGGCCGUCGCCUCCAGCCCCAGCUCGCCCACCCGGCCCUCCAACCUCAAGCUCUUUGCGGGCAAGGUCUCCGAGAAGGCCGGCCUGCUCGACCCCAGCUCGGCCCAGCGUGCCCACCACCAGCCCAAACAGCAGAAGGCGCUCGACUCGCACGGACUGAUCAGCAUGGCCGCCAUCGGCGCCGAGCUCUUCUGCGUCUGUUUGGUCACCUGCUACUCCGAGGGCGCAGAGGGCAUCCGGAAGACGCUCGACAGCAUCGCCGCCGCCGACUACUCGGACGCCCGCAAGCUGCUCUUCGUCGUCUGCGACGGCAUGAUCACCGGCCACGGCGAGAAGACCUCCACGCCCGACGUCUGCGUCGGCUUCCUCGACCCCGACCCCCGCUUCGGCGACCCCAUGCCCAUGAGCUACCGCGCCGUCGCGGCAGGGGCUAAAGAGCACAAUCAAGCCAUGAUCUAUGCCGGCCACUACAGUCAGUAG